AUGAAGAUAUCGGCGAGGGGAGACCCCAGCAAGUAUUGCAGGUUCCACCGGCAGAAGGGGCACGAUACAGAUGAAUGCAUCCUCCUAAAGAGACAAAUCGAGGAGCUCAUCCAAAUGGGUUACCUCGGCCAAUUCAUUAAGAAGCCCCGCCAGCCGCAGGGACAGGCACAGGGCCAGAAGCAGGGCAAUGUGUGGAGGAAAGGGGGUGGCCAGGCGCCAUCCACCUCGGCUCCCCGUAAGAGGGACCACCAUGACCACAGCUCCGAGAAGGAGGAGAAGACAACGGAGGACUCCCAGCCCCCGAAGAAACGGGCCAUCUACGUCAUCUUUGCGGGGGGCCCGAGGGAGGGGACUCGCCAGCCGAGCGGAAGAAGUGGGCGAGGAGCUUAUGGGCCCCUCCCCCACCGAGACGCCCUGGUGGUCAAGCUGGACAUCAACAACGUGGUGGUGCACCGGGUGCUCGUAGACACAGGUAGCUCGGUGAUUGUCAUGUACUACGACACGUUCACCCAGUUGGGACUCUCAAGAGGGCAGCUGGAGCAGGUACGGAGCCCCCUGUCCGGGUUCACGGGGGACUCAAUUGAGACGGAGGGGUCGAUCAAUUUGGAGGUGGAGAUAGGCACCCCACCUCACACCAGGAAGUAG